AACUAGUCGCACAAUGUUUCAGCUUGCUUCUGUUUUAACAUGUAGCUUUGUUAUAAAGGGUUAAUACUGCUGACAUCAGAAAGGGACUCUGAGGGAACUGAAAGAGGAAAUGGUUUCAUAAUGCUUUUUAAAAAAAAAAAUAUACAAAAGGUUGUAAGGCAUCUAAUAUAGCUUUCUACGCAGGAGAUGGCGCCUGCGUGUCACGCAACGAAACCAGUUGACAGCGACAGCCUGAUGAAGUGGACGUGCGUUGGCAGUGGGGGCUUUGGCUGCGUCUACAAGGCCAGACAUAAACAGUGGGGGUUUGACGUGGCUGUGAAGCUACUGCACGACGAUGUUGGAAAUGUUAUGCCCAAAGAUGCAGCCUUACUUCAAGAGAUUUCUCACAUGGAAAAGGUGUCUUGUGAGUUUGUGCUGAGGGUUUAUGGAACCUUUGAGGGUGUUCUACCCUUUCGGGGCAUUAGCAUUGAAAGGGGAAUAGUCAUGGAAUUCAUGAGCAGAGGCUCGGUGCAAACGUUGCUGCAGGACCUCCACGGACAUCCUCCAUGGCCUUUAACCUUUCGUUUGGCCAAUCAAGUGGUUCUAGGCAUGAACUUCCUCCAUUCAAGGAAAAUAAUACACCAGGACCUGAAGCCAAGUAACGUUUUGCUCAAUGAUGACCUACAUGCCAAGCUAGCAGACUUUGGCCUGUCCAGGAUUUCAACCAGUGCUUCGAGCUGCAAGACGACGGUCAAAGUUGGAGGCUCCCGCAAGUACAUGCCUCCCGAGGCCUUUGAAGUAUCUUAUGAACCUGUCCGUGCUUUUGACAUAUACAGUUAUGCUAUCCUCCUGUGGUCCCUUCUCACAGGAAAAGAGCCCUAUCCAUUGGCUGACAACAGUCUUGUGGCACUGCAGAUCCCUUUGGGACAGAGACCUUCCUACAAAGACAUUAACCAAGAGGAGGUAGAAGGGUUGAAGGAGUUGGUUGACCUGAUGAAGACAUGCUGGGAUGGAAACCCUUUGAAGAGGCCUAAUUCUAGAGAGUGCCUCAACGUCACUGAGGAUGUUUACUCAAAGCACAGGAAGGAUAUCCAUGCUGCCAUAAAGCAUGUUCUGACACAACUGGAGUCAAAUAUGAGCACCCACAACACAAGCGGCGAUGAAUCCAAUAAAACACAAGGACGGAUGAGUUUAAACGAAACUGUGAAUGCAUCCAGGAUUGCACAAGCAGAGGCCGAUGUCAAACCUGAGGACAGAAUAAGCAGAUCCGCUGAAAGUAUGAAUGCUAUCGCUAAAGCCAAAUUUGUGGAUGACAACAGAGCUGCGUUAAUUCAAAACACAACGGAGGUCAUGGCAAUUGUCGAGGAACUCGGAGAAAUGGUCCACAGGGAAACACGCGCAGACAUCGAGGCUAAAAAGACGAGCCAGGAACAAAUGAGGGAGCUCUUUCUAAAGACGUUCCAUCCAGGGGGGGUGGCUGUUAAAGCCGCCUUCUACUCCGUCCUGGAGAAACAUCACCCUGAGCUACUGGAGAAACAUGUCCAGUGACCUACAUCAGUAUUUGACUUGGCCAUCGUACCAGCAGAGGGUCAAAAGAAUUUCAUCACCAAGCCGUGUAGUAAUGCCAAUGCCAGUUGGCAGUUUUUACAUUUUUCUUUUUCAGUUCAAUUAAUUGCAAUUAAUUUCAGUUCAAAUAAUUACUGUAAUUUCCCAGCUAUCUAUCUAUCUAUCUAGAAAAAAAUACAUAUUUUUCAUAAUUUUUUGCUAAUAAAUUUAUA